ACUUUAGCGCGUAUGUUUUUGCCCGACUGAUAGUUUCUUACUUGCUGUCCUUUAUCUCUGUCUUGUCUCGUAUUCAGACAGUAGUUUGUUCUUUUUCAAAAACAGCUUUGUUUAGAUUUUAUUUUCGUAGAAUUUUAAGGUUUUUGAUCGGAAAAAAUGGCGUUUGUAUCAUUCGUUGGAAGAGUUCUUUUCGCUUCAGUGUUUAUCCUCUCUGCUUGGCAAGAGUUCAAUGAAUUUGGUGUUGAUGGAGGCCCAGCAGCAAAGGCACUGAAACCAAAAUUCAAUGUCUUCUCAAAGACUAUGUCAUAUCAUACAGGGGUGCAAGUGCCAAAAUUUGAUAUUAAGUAUCUAGUUGCUGCUGCUGUAGCCUUUAAGGGUGUUGGGGGUAUCUUUUUUAUCUUUGGCAGCAUUAUCGGAGCUUAUCUUCUGGUUCUGCAACAGAUCAUUGUUACUCCUAUAUUGUAUGACUUCUACAACUAUGACACAGAAAAGAAAGAGUUUGGUCUACUUUUCACAAAGUUCUCACAGAACUUGGCACUGUUAGGGGCAUUAUUCUUCUUCAUUGGCAUGAAGAACUCAAUCCCCAGGAGACAACUCAAGAAAAAGGCUCCAAAAACCAAAACAGUUUGAAGAGGAACAUCUGGUAAACCAAGGGUCUAGUUUCUUGUUUGGUGUUGUUUCAAGGCUUUGUGUCUUCAAGAAUUGGGAAAAAAAAGGGCAUAUACUUGGACAGUUUUGUACUGUUAAGUACUAAGUUAAGUUCAUGGUUAUUUAAUUGACUUUCAGAAAGAAUUUGAAAAUUUUGCUUUUAAAUAUGCUGCUUUUAUUUUGCCUACUUACAUGGAUUUUUUUUUUUUUUUUUUAUCAUGGAUUCAUGGUGCUUGAUAUUAUAAUUGAGGAAACAUUUUUGAGAACCUUAAAUGGUUGAGAAGCAGAAUAGAAAGCAACUAAUUAGUUUUAGUUGAAAAGCACUGUGCUAGUUAUCUAUCAUAGGACAUUGUUUCUUUUUGAUGCUAGAUAAAGCCCUGAAUCACUUGCCAUGAGUCAGCUGAGAAUUGGGAACAGUACUUUCCUUCCAGUUCUCUAUCGUUGUUUAAAGUAUGGGAUCUUGCAGCUGGUAUUCUGUUAGGAUGUGACAGGCCUAGGUCAACUUAGGUGCAUUUUGAAGCAUGGUGGGACGAGAACCCGAACUUCGAAAUGUGCCCUUAGCGUGUAUGUGUGUGCGCGCUUGAGUAGCGAAUGUUCCAGAGUUUCCAUUUGUUUUAUAUGCCACUCUUCAGAUGAUAACAUGAUAUUUAGUUGAUCAUGAGCUUACAAAAGUUGAAAAUUAAAUAACUUAAGGCAGAACAAAUACAAUAUUGAAGAUUUUCGAGAUUGACUUACAUGUAGAACUAGAAGGCAGCAAUCACCAGUC